AUGGCUGGUAUUCUUGAUCGCAUUAAUAAUUAUAUUUAUGGAGGAAAUAGAGAAAACAUUCUCCCGCAAAUUAAUGAAAUUAAUGGAUUCGCAAUUUACAUUGAAUUGGAAGGAAAUCCGACAGAAUAUUCUUUUGAGAAAAUUUCAGAGGAGAUGAGUCUUAAAGAAGUCCGCGAGAUUCUCGAAGAUUUUGAAGGUGUGUACAUGGGCGAAAAUAUGUCAUUUCUAAGAAGUAACAAAACGACACAAAUUUCGCGCAAAGAUGAAAAUAAUAUCAAAGUAUCCGAUAUACUUAGCAAAGAGAGAUACAUUUGCAUCUUAAAGGAUCAAACGAAACCAAGUUGGCCAGAGUUUUCCCACAGGUUUAAUCUGUGUAAGGGUCGCUAUAUUUGCACCGAUGGAGACGUUAGACCUGCAGCGCAGGAAGUAUUCAAGAUUAAAAAUAAUUGUGGAAUGACGGCCAGGCUACAAUUGGUUGAUAAUAAUAAAAUAACGGUAACAGAAGUAAAAUGUAAAAAUGAAAUUGACGAACUGUGCACAAAGAAUUUUAUGUCAUCAGCUGACGUGUCAGUUCCCAUGCCCUGGGCGCCUUUAUCGGUCGGGUUUAGCGGGAGUUUUGAAUACUCCAAACAUCAGCAUAUUUCUAGGUCAACCACAUACCAUAUUAUAAAGUGCCUCAAGAGUUCACUGAUUAUAAAGAAAGAUGAAAUAGAGCCAACAGAAGAAUUUGUCAAGGCUAUCGAAGGGGCACUGUCAAAAGAAAAUGAUGGAUUGCGUUUGAAAGCGCUCGAGGAGUUAUUCAAAGAAUUUGGAAGAUUUGGUAAUUCCAAUGGAAUUGAGUUCGGUGGAAUAAUCCAAUAUCAAAUCGAUUCUAAUGAUGAAACAUCAAGCAGUUCACGGUUACUAAAGUCUGAAGCAAAAUUACAAGGCUUUUCAGCAUCAAUAAAUGCCGAAAGAAGUAAAUCAUCUUCCAGCCUAUUAAGUAGAGAAGACAUCGUGAUCAUCGGUGGAGAUAAGUCAAAGUUAACUUUAGAUGUGGAAGGCAUUGGGGCACAAAUGGAAUGGGCCGAAACAAUGAAAACAUGUGAUACCUGGGGUCAUAUUUACUUGGGUGGUAUAAUAUCUGUUUAUGAGCUUUUGGAUGAUGAAUUAAAGUCACGAAUAUUGGCAGUCUUCGGACAAAAGGUUCUUGAUUCUGGAGUCAUCGAUGUAGAAAUAGAGAACGAAGAUAUCAAAAAACCAAUAAUUCGUCAAAUUAUUACCGACAUUCAGAUCCUUAAGAAACUACCGCAAUGCCAAAUUUUUGCAACAAUUUUGAACAUGGAAAAAAUGGAGAAAAUUUUUUCCGUAAGAGUGAAUUAUUAUGGCGCGCAAAAUCCAAAUUUAUUGAUACAUUGGGUCCAGAAAACACCUAAAAAGAAUUUAAAAUCAUCGAUACGAAACCUAACUACCGGAAAAAAAAAGAUCACCAGUCUAAAGUUAAAAGUUUCGUGGAUGAUCACCGGAUUUUAUACUGAUUUCAAGCAGAAAUCGUUACCUUUAAAAAUGAAGUUGAACAGCUUUACCGAUAGCUUUACCCAAGAGAAUACCAAUCAAAGUCUCUUGCAAAGUUCUUCACAAAAAAUUUUUAACUCUCUUCACGGAAAAAAGUAUUGCAUUAUAGGCACUUGCGCUUUUAAUUAUGAUGAUGACGGUGUAUACAUUCAUAAUCAAUCCACCGCAGUUGCCAGCCUUCAUUUUCGCAGAACGACGGAUGGAAGUUGGAAACCCUAUGUUGAAGUGUAUGACUUGAAAACAGGAAAAGAAAUUGCUAAGAAAGAUAUUCCGACUCUACAAAUUCAUUGGAGCGUCAUCACCGAGUGUUCUGAUGGAUUAAUCGAGCCCAUAGCAACGGAAUGGGAUGCGUGGAAUGCAGAUUUGAACAUUUACAAGG